AUGUCUCAAAACGACUUCAAGACCGUCUUCACGCCUCUUCCUCGCCUGAAAGGUGAAUCCAACUGGAACACAUGGCGCAUGCUUGUUACAGCGACCCUGCGAGGAUACGACUUCGAGAUAUUCCUCGAGACUGACGUCCCUCGCCCUGCUGACCCUAUCGCUGCAGAGGAAUGGAGAAAGAACCGUAACGUCACGUAUGGUCUCCUCAUGAACGCCAGCGAAUCGGUUCUUGACAGACUCUGCACAGCGGGUUGGGUUGACGAUGGAAACCCUUACGAAUUGUGGCAGGCGCUCGAGAAGCACAUUCCGAGAAUCUCACAAGACGCCACAGCUGCCCUUGUUGACGAGUUUGCCAAGACCACCGCCAACGAUCACAAGACUCUUCACGAUGCCCUCAAUCGCUGUCACCACCUCAGAAAGCGUAUUGAGACCAUUCACGGUCGUCUGCCAGACUCCUUCCUCGCUGUUUUCCUCCUUAACUUCUUUAAGGACCGACUUCCCGAUACGUACAAGCAUUUCACAUCGAAGGGCGCCACCCAUCCCACGUGGAAUGAGGUGGCUGAUACGAUUUACACGCUUGCCCAAGACGAGGAUCAAAAGCGCAGUUAUGCCACUAUUCGCAACACACCUGGAGGCAAGUCUGCUGGCAGUGGGGGUCCUGCCUCUCCAGCCGUCACCACCACCGUCACCUCCACUGUCACUGCCUCCAAGGAAAAGAAGAAGUGCGACCACUGCAACUGUGAUCACGAGACCACAAAGUGCUAUGUCGCCCACCCCAAUCUCAUCCCUCUACACUACGUCAACCGGGAUAAGUUGAUUGAAAAAGCGAGAAAGCACGUGUGUGGCGAUCGCUGCCGCUGGGAUCAGCCUACUUCUGUUGAUGGCACCCGCCAGACUGUUGUCAGAGCGUCACCUGCCAUCUUGGGUCAGUCUGCCCUUGCCUCCAUCGCCAGCCCAGCAGUUUUCACUGCUGCCCGCGAUGACCUCAUCACCCGAGACGAUAUCGUUCUCGAUUCUGGUUGUACUACUUCAACCUUCAACAACUUGCGAUAUUUCGUCAAGUACGCUGAAAAGAGCGAUUUGACACCUUCCACUUCUGCCUCCGGCGCCCCAGUCCGGUCACUUGGCGUGGGCACCGUCUUCUUCCAGACCCAAGACCCCACCAACCCUGACGUUAUUCACGAUUGGACACUUCACAACGUUGAGUACAACCCUUCCAGCCCAGCCAACUUACUGAGCCCUGGAAAACUUCGUCGUGAUCACGUGGAAUAUGAUUGGCAGACCUCAAGCCUCAUACACGUGACACAGCGCACUUCCCUUGCCAAAGUUCAUUGGGUUUCUGACGUCUGCGUCGUUGAGACUCAUGAUACUGGAAAUCACGUGCCUCGAGAUAUUGCUGUCAGCCUCGCCGCCUUCCGGGCUACCCAGCGACCGUCUCUUGAACUGAUGCACCGCCGGCUGGUUCACGCCCACCCAUCACGUGUUGUGGAGGCUUGCCGCCGUGUUGGCAUUCGGUUCACAACGUCAGAAAUUGACGCUUUCUUCUGGAACCGUCAGGUUCUACACCUCAUGGAUAAGUAUAGUGGUUACCACUGGGUUGUUUUUCUGCCCAACCACAAGUUUGCCACCAUCCUGGCAGCUAUCAAGAAAUGGGACACUGAAUUCUACAGUCUCACCGGCCUCAAGCCCAAGAUUCUCAACCUCUUGCCCACACCCUCCAAGGGUAACUUGAGCCCUCACGAGAUCAUGGCGAGAGAGCUGAACUUGGCUGCUGAACGUGAGGCCCCCCACAUUGAACAUCUCCGAACGUUUGGCUGUGCUGCCUACGUACACAAGAAGGGCCCUCGACGCCCUAUGCGCUCUGCCAAGAUGGAACCACGAGCAAUCAAGGGAUUCCUCGUCGGUUACGGUUCUCUUCGUGGCCACAUUUACUACGUUUACCUGCCUGAUCGAAAGGAGGUUAUUCGCUGCAGAGAUGUUCGAUUUCGUGAGGAACCGCACAAGACAGUGUUGCCUCCAACUACUGGCACACCCAACAUUGAUGAAAUUGAACAUGAUGCUGCGUUUGUCGAACCAGAUAUCAUCAUCCAGUACACCAUCCGUCAGAAGCCUAUUGAAGGUGAAAAACCCGUGACUGGUGAUCCCAAACCAGAUGAGACCAUCGUUGGGAAAGCGAUGGCACCUACUGAUACACAUCUCAUGUCUCCACCACCAGAAAACGACGAAUUCGUCGCCUCCGUGGAAACAAUGGAAACUGAUCACCAGGACCCUGAUUCCCUCUCCACGAUUGUUGAGGAGGCAACGAGUCAGCCGGCAGAGUCCUCUCGACCUCGCCGCGCCUCAGCCCAGCGACCACCUGGUCACUACCGAGCCGCCAAUGGCCGUGCUUUCUGCCACUGCCCUUUCGAAAGUCCUACCCGACGGCGUGGUGAUCCCGAAGUCCUACCGUGA